CGACGAACAGGAACGCGAACGCCUGAGUCAUAUCGAUGGUGCAAGACUCGAUAGCGGCUUUUUUUCCGCGCGAAAACAGGGAAAGCUUUGUGCUACGUGUGUGCCACACCGCGUACGCCUCGUAAGAGCUUUGAGAAUUCAUCGCUCGUGUCCUGAGAAACGCGGAAGUCGCGCUCGCGAAACGAUCCGGACAUUUCAAAGUGUGAGAAUCCCUCUAAUGUUCAAUUGACGUUUAAACGAGAAGACGCGGGAGAGAGAUCGGUGAAAAGGAUCGUUUCGAGCAUUUCUUUUCCUCUCGAGAAAAGGAGGAUUGAAUUUUGAGCCAGAUUCUUAGAAAUUUCUUAGAAAUUGCGAGUUGCGGUGUGAAACUACUACAGUGUAUCAAUGUUGACAAUGAGACGAAAUUGCAUCCGGCAUCGAAGGCGAUUGUGCGCGACGAUGAUUUAGAAAAGUGCGCGCAUUUGUAGAGCAAGCAGUCAUCAUCAAACGCGCAUACAAUCGCGCGUGCUUCAGAAGCAGGAGAGAUUGCGAUCGAGAAAAAUCUCUUCACAAUGGUUCACACGAGUUACGCGCAAUGGGCUUGCUUGCCAAGCACAUACCGGAAAAAGGUAAAUCCGGGAAGCAAGGCAGCUCAGCAAGGGGUGAGAGAGGGUGAUCUGAUUAGUAACAUUAAUGGAAGAAGCACUCGAGAUCUGACCAAUAGCGAGGCACACGCUUUGCUGCGUAACUCUGGAGAACAGUUAAAGCUCGGUCUUAAUCAAGAAAAUAUCGGCUCGCCAAAAAGGAGGAUCUACAAGAGUAGUCUACAGGAAAAUACCACGACUGAAAUUCAGAAUAAGAUCACCACAAGGACCACAACGACCACACGCACACGGACAGAAGCCGAGAAGAACGUUGCCAAUGACACAAAAGUCGAGCAGAACUACGCCAAUCAGAACGGUGCUCUGAAAAGCUGCCCGGGCGAACAACGAAGCGACGUUAAAAAAGGAUAUUGCGAUCUCUCGGAGUACGCGACCGACGCGGAGGACAACAGCGUCGGGAUGCCGCAGGGUAACCCGCGCAACCGCAACCGCGGCCGCAGGAAUCGGAACCGGCGAAACCGUCCGUCUCUUCAGCGACCGGCGAAUCCUGCGGAAUCGCCGCGGAACGUCGAGCAGAGGAAACCCGAGGAACAACCAGCGGCGUCCUCGAGAAUCGAGCGCGACGACGACGACGACGACAACGACCCGAAGACGAACGACUCCGUUUCGAAGACUGCCAUUCCGGAAAAUGCCGAUUUGAUCGAGGGCGAAUCGUUGAGUCGUCGAUAUCGUAUCCAUCCGGAUGAUAGACGUAGAGUCGAGAAGAUUGAAUUGAAGGAGUAUCGCCCCGGGAUAAUCGAGAUUACGACUGUCAGCAGUCUACCCCUCGAGGCAACGAUUGGCCAUAUCGCCGGAGUGGGCAUCCUAGAGACGGGAAGCGGCGACCGGACGACGGUGACGAUAUCGGAACCGGUGGAAUCGAUACAACCGUUUUCUAGUUGCUCGAGUACCGAACUUUCGCAGGCGAAUGGAAAUCGAUUGGAGAUUCGGGAAGUCGAUGACAGCGAUACGGAGGUGGAUUGCCGGCCGACAAUCGUCGAAUUCGAAUCUGCCGCGGAUAAGGAGCCGGUCGAGAGAUCGGGAAGCUUCGAAGAGCUCGAAGAAUCUAAAUCGAAUGAUCGAGUCGACCAGCAAUUCGUGCCGCAGAAGAAGUUCUCCAGAUCGGAAACGGAAUUUCCGACUUCGAUGUGCGCCACCGUGAUGCCCAAGGAUGUGGAGAGGAAGCUGCGAAACUUUAUCGAGGGCCUGCAACUGCCGAGCUUCUCCGAGGAAGUGGCGGAGGAUGGAGGACGAUCUCACGAAAAAGACACGUCUCGAGAUGUCUCGACGGAAGAGAGCAAAUCCACUGAAAAAGUCGCUGUCUCAUCGCGCCGGAAGACGAAGAAACGCGCGAUGUCAACGGAAUCACAUUACGCUCGCAGCUUCUUGGACAUCAUACAAGAAGAGGCCGAGAGAUUGUCGGAGGACGAGGCGCAGCACAUCAGAGAUUUCAUAAACGAGGAGAUCAGCAAGUAUCGGCGCGAGGAUAGACAUUCAGCCGAAAAGGCGACGGACGAUACCGAAACGAAAUUGGACUAUCCUGAAAAGAUCGAGAAAAUUUCUGAUAAACUGGAAUGUGAUAUUAAGAUUAAGAUCGAUACGGAAGGUGACAUUUCGAAAUUACAUUCGUGCGAUGAAGCGAAUAAUCGCGCAGAAAUCGAACAGAAUCUUGAACCGAGUUCAGCUAAAAAUAUUGCUGAAAUGCAAACAAUAGAGGACACUAUAUCUGCUAUUAAAGUAACGAACGCGAAAGAUGACGCGUUAUCUCAUGAAUCUGUGGAAAUUGUAGCGAAUGCAACGCAAAACAAUCCAAAGAUCGAGGAUCAUAUCGAGAUUAUGGAAAACGAUGCAAAUAAUAGCGAGGAAAGAUUGACGAAUAACAAAGAGAAUAUUGCUGAAGAAAAUGCGAUGAUGAAAAAUGAUGUGACCAUAAUCGACAUAAAUAAAGCGAAAGAUAAUAAAUUAUUGACCGAGGUCGAAACACUUGUAGAAUCAUCAGAGAAAUGUGACGUUUCGCCAAAAGAAGUCGAAACGCACACAGUGACUGAUAACGUAUCUCGAAUGGAGGACCAGGCUGAUUCAUCCUCGAGUCCGCAAACGAAACGACCUCCGCCUCUUCCACCGAGGAGAUCGUCCAGUUUCGGGCACGAGCCUCAGCGACCACCGACGCUACCUGAAAUAGAUUAUAUUUCGUGCGGCGCGAAUAUUCAUCGUCAACCAGUCGUCGCGACGAAUUUACGGAAACGCGAUACAACGAGCUGCAAAGCCGAAGUAACGGACGAGUCACCACGACGACCGGAGCUCCCUAAAACUUGCGGAAAUCCCUCCGUGUCGAAGAGAAUUCGCGAAAGCUCUUCUUCCGGAAAUUCGCGUAAAUCCGCCUCAACUAUGGUUGACGAGAGUUCCAUAAACCAGGACAUCGUUUCGAAGAGAUAUGUCGAGGACGGCCGAUCGAUCACGUCAUCGGGUAUUCGUGACGAUGAUCCGUCAUGCCCGCGCGGCGUCGGGACGCGCGGCGUCGCGUUGGCAGAUGCGACGAGCACGGAAAUAACGCGUCGCGGGGAAGGGAAGCCCGCGGCGACGCUUGUUGCAGCAGCGACGCAUGAUCGAAGCGCACCGUCGAGCCGACAGGAGGGUGAAACCGAGGUGCAUAGGUGUUCUCCUUCGCCCCAGGUCGAUUCGGGGAAGAAGAGUUCAACGAUCAACCGGUCAUCGAAAAACGAUAAAUCGGACGUCGGUCCAGAUUUCUCGGCGAAGCGUAGAUCGACGAUGGGUUCUUCGAGUACCAAGAGUAAAGGAAAAUCCGAGCAAGAGGAGAAGAAUGAUAAAUCGACGUCGAGGUUUCUUCAUCGCGAGCGAAUAAUGAAAAGCGAGAAGAAGAUAGAGACGAGGAUAAUCGAACGACACGAGGAAAGCUCGAGCGCUAACCAGCGCGAUAGCCUCUGCGAUUCCAAAUAUUCGACGUGGGAGUCGAAGCGCGAGGAGAGACACGAGGAGAAGCACGAGGAAGAAACGCGCAGCUCAUCUCGACAGAGUAACGCGAGGAAUUCAUCCGACGAUGAGACGAGCUCUCAAAGGCUGGAUAUCUCGGCGAGCAAAAAUUCCUCACCCGAGGGCGACGUUCAAGGACACGAUUCUUCUAGCAGUACUACGUCCUUGAGCACCGUGAAGCAUCGUCCGUUAGAAGCAUCGUUGACCGACGUCAGUGCAAAUGUUCGCGAAACGAAGGAGAAUAAUUCCAAGAACGAAAGGGAAGAAUCUCUUUUGAAAAGAAAGCUCACUCUGCUGAAGAGCGCGGAAGACCUCGCCAAUGAAACAUCAGCAGAGAGCUCGCCGCAGCCGAUUCCUUACUCGCCCGUGGAGGAUCUUUACUACGUGUCGCUGAAUGAUACCGAGGAAGUCUCCCGGAACAAUCGCGAAAAUGUUUCGAAGGACAUAUCGCGACGACCGUCGUCUCUGCGGGAGCUCUGCGUGAAGAGGAUUCUAUCGAUGCCGUUCGGAUCGCAGAUGAUUGACGAGAUCACCGCGCCCAAGUUGAGCAUCUUCGAGAGUCUGCGGACUCUGCAGAGGUUUGUGAGCGACGUGCCGCGGACGAGCGCGCGUCAGCAACAUGACGAUAACGUCCAGCGAUUAAACACGAUGCAUGGAGUGAGUGAUGCUCGACGACGCGGACUAACGAAAACCCCAGACGGGAACGAGCCACUGCCUCGACCUAACGACAUUGUAAACGCUGUUUCAGACCGGACUAGGUCGUCGGCGAACGUUAAUAUUGAGUUGUCAGAGUCGGAGGGCGAAAUGGAGGAACGAUGGCGAGCUCUGUCUACUUCCGAGGAUCCCAGGCUCUUGGUGUGCCUGUCGCCCUCGCAGCAAGCCUCGCAAGUGCGCGCGAGCGCGGACACCCUACUGGAUCUUCACCGCAAGUUUCUGAACCGUUACAGUUAUCGGGAGGAACAACCGCGGUGCGUUCCUGUGCCGCGAUAUCGAGUGGAGAUCCGUCCGACGAUUAAGGACGAUGACAUGGUCUCGAAAACGUCUUUUCGAACGACUAAUCGAGAUACCGCCGAGAGAUCGAGCAGCAGGCUACUAGAAAUUAUCAAGGAGGAACAAAAUGGAGGAACGAUAACCGACGUCCCGGAUUUUUUAGGGCACAAUGGAGGUCAGGCAAGUUUCAAGGCCGUCCGACCGAACGACUGGUCGAACUUAGUAGACUACGAUAAUCGCCGAAGCGUCACUGCGAAUGAGCUAUUCUUGGCGGCGGCGAGAGGCGAGGAAUCGGGUGAUAAGCCAAAUGGUCACGUGACCGAUCGACUUAGGAUUACGCCACAGUCCACUAUAGUGGACACUGACGGACAUCGUUCGUUGGCGAACGGCGCCGCGAAAGUUCGCGAUUCGGAGAGAUCGUUUACAAAAAACGCGUUCACGAUGAACAGUGCCAUUAUUGAUCGAUCGAUGGACGUCGUCGGGAAGAGAACACCGCCUCUUCGAAGAACGACCGAUCCCGGCAAACAUGUGAAUCCGGCGCUGAUCGACGACAGACUCGAGGUACCGCCGUUGCCGAAGCGCGCGAUUACGGUCGACAGAUCGUGCAUCGACACGACGAGCAUCUUCGACCAGAAUCCGCCGAGGAGUCAUCUAGAGCCGCGAAGAUCAUGUCACGAAACCGAGAAACUGAAGCAGGUCGCCGCCGUGGAAAUUAUGGAUAAACUGAAAACGCUGCAGAAGGAAACGUCGCGACGACUCGAUGGCGGUAGAAGAGGCUCGUUGCCGCAGGAGCACUUUAUCCAGCAACUCAAGUAUAUCGAACUGUUGGAGGAGCAGCUGAAAAAUGUGAUAGUGGCGGAGGAGGAGGAGAGAAAAGCCUUUGAGGAAUUUCAAUCGCACUUUCAUCGUACGAAACACUGCGACGACGCGAGGAAAUCGUCCGUCGAAGAAACUGAGAGGAAAACCGAUGGAAAUUUCGAACGCAAAGCUGUUGACGUUCCGGAUGGGAUGACGAGCGAGAAAUCUGCGGAAAAUGAGCAACAUGAGAAACAUUCUCGUAGCCACGAGGAGAAGCGCUUCGAAAAUAAUACCUGUCGAAGCGAGCCGGAAAUUCACAGGGAACACUGGCGAGAGAAAUCACGGAAUGUGGAGAAGACUCGCACGGAGACGAUCGAUAAAGCGGGGAGUCGGCAAUUUUCAAGAAAGGUAUCUCACGAGAACGGCUUUCACGAGGAAUCCUCGGAGAGUAUCGAGCGUAAAGAGUGCCACGUGAUCACGCAGACGGGAAACGUGAAGAGAAUAUCGAAAAACGAUACAUCCGAGGGUAGAGUUAACGAGGAAAUGCGGACGACGGAAAAGUCGAGAAACGGUUCCGAGGUGUCUAAUGAGAAAGAAACUCGAUCGCGCAAGAAAACCAUCGACGUCGCGAAGAGACCGACAACGUUACCGACGAACGGCGAGGUGUUUCGCCAACGGAUGUACGACGAGUACGUGGACAAGGUGCUGGAGCGGCAGGAGCGAAAGAAUCACAAGGUCUUGAAGAUCAGUUCGUGCGAGGACAUCAGUCCCAAAACGGACGGCGACAUGAGCGCGAUGGCAAAGGAGUUCAUCGAGAAGGCGCGGAGCCGGCUGAACAAGUUCGGGAUCGAUCUCGACGAGAGCGGGACGGAUCGCGAAGAGGACGAGGACGACGUGAUCAACGCGAAAUUCCUGAUCGACGGCAAGGAGCUGCGGGACGCGUCCGGCAAGCUGCCGAAGCACCUGCGGGAGUUCCUGAAGAUCUCCAUCAUGUCCGACGACGAGGGCGGGAUUGGCUGCGGUAACGUUGCGAAGGCAAGAGACAAUGACAACGACUGUCUGCUGCACGAGAUAGACAAAGCUUUGAAAAUCAGCAGAGGAUUUCUACUCGAGCAAGAGAACGUUAUGUUUGCGCCUACAUUUAAAGCCUCGUCUGCGAAACCAGGCGUUUGGUCGCCAGGACAAACGCCAGCUGGGAAGGAAUCGAGUCCUGUUCGAACCAAGGAAUUGCAGAAGGAGCCGAUACCGCCGGUCUGGACCCCGGCCAGCGCCGGCGCUAGCCCCGUCGCCGAGAGGAAGGAAUUUCGUCCCGUGGCAUUCGAGAGUCCUGUAUUGAGCCGGAAGAAACAACCUAAGGGAGAGAAGGCACCUCCGCCUUGGGAAAACGAAGAGCAGAAAAGCGCGUUGAGCUCGCGCAGCGUUUAUGAAAGCAGCAGCACCUCGCGGAUCGUCAAUUCUCAUUCGGCACCGUCCCAAGGAUUGAACGCGCUCGCAUCCGCGCCGCGCUUGCCACGUGCCCAGAAUCCGACCAUCACGUUGUUGCAAAAAGCAAGAGAGGGACAAUUACCGAAAGGUGCGGCUUAUUUGGAGGAGAGCGAGUCCAUCGAUAAUCGUCCUUCGAGCGACGAAAGAUCGUUAAUUUCGCCGGGAGAAAUAAUCUACACCUUGAAGAAAGAGUACGAGAGCGAGCCGGAAACAGAGAACGAACCACCGAAGAAGAUGGCCGAUCUGGGCCCUCGAAAAUUCGAGGGAAUCGGCCCGGUGACUAAGGAGGGUAUCCCUCUCGUAUUGAGAUCGGAAGUCAAGGAGAAUAAUCAAGCGAAAUGGUACAAGAGAAUGUACGACUCGUUACACCGCGCGGAUAAAAACGAUGACUACGUGACCGUAAAAUACAAAUCGAGAAGAGGAGGCAGAUAUGGAUACGGAAGCACCAGCGGAUAUUUGAGUGAGCCGGAACCGCGCGCAUACUCGGAUCGAUCCGUUACUCUCGAUAGCCGUCGACGGCUGCGCAACAAAGAAAAUGACUUCACCACAGCGACUAUGCCCAGAAAAAAUGGGGCGCUGAAAUAUUCGACGGAGAUUUAUAAAAAUCAACCCGGUCGCAUCGAGGAUUAUGAACCAGGACGCUCGUCGAUCGCCGAGAAGGAAGCUAAAGAGUGGUGGGACGAGGUCAUGGACAUAUUUGACGGGUGGCUGAACGAAAACGGACGUCCUCAGCACGCGCAGGCCAGGAUGGAGUCUCUACGCAGCGACGUCCGGCAGUCCCGCGUCCUCAGCCUCUCUUAUCGGCCGGAGGACAAUCCUUUCGAUCAGCGCAGUCACGCACGAGUCGCGGCCAAGCCGUACAUAACUCAUGCUCUCAAAGAGUCAGGAUACGAAAGCGAUUCGACGCUGGUGUUCCGCCGAAGGGAGGACAUCAAUCCGCUCAGUCUUCUGGAACAGAGACUGGCGUACAAGACGGUGCAGAGCGGUGGCGACGUACCCCUCCAUGGGCUUCGCAAGCCAGCCCCGGAACGUCCAAAGGAAUACUCGAAUGCACCCCCGCCGCCGCCAAAAUCCCAGCACUGCAGGGACGAUCGUCAAGAAUCGCCGAGGCGUUAUGUGGAGGGUGAGGUGACGAUUCACUAUCGCUCGCCGGUGCGUACAGAGGCGAAGGAACCGCUGAGCGAGGAGGAGCUCGCGCGGCGAAGCGCGGAGAAUAUGCGGCGCGUCUACCAGGAGGAGCGUCGUCGCAAGUAUCUCCAGGAGUUGCACGACAUCGACUCCCGCAGGCACACGGAUAACUUUAUUUUCAACAAUUGCAGACCCUCGCAGAAGUCGCCUAUACCUCUGAAUCGCUAUGACGAUUUCGUGGACGAUCUGACCCAGCGAAGUCGGUCUCAAGAUCAAACACCGGAACCGCGUUUGAUCGCGCGGGCGUUAUACAACUUUGUCGGGCAGUCCUCGCGGGAAUUGACUUUCCGACGCGGUGACAUCAUAUUUGUCCGACGACAAGUUGACAAGAACUGGUACGAAGGAGAGUACAAUGCGAUGAUCGGGCUGUUUCCUUCCAACUAUGUCGAGAUUCUACCGUACGACGGUACGAUGCGAACGACACCGAAGAAGGCUCAUGAAGGACAAGCACGGGCCAAGUUCAACUUCAUUGCCCAGACUAAUCUCGAAUUGUCCUUAGUGAAAGGCGAAUUAGUGGUCCUGACGAGAAGAGUCGACGAAAAUUGGUACGAAGGUCGCAUAGGAAACAGAAAGGGAAUAUUUCCGAUCUCCUACGUCGAAGUCAUCGUGGAACCCGGACAUCGAUCAGAGACACCGAUUCAGAACAAACCGGUCGCGUCUCCGGCGGCGCACAGUCUCUUAGCGAACGGCUCGUCCGGAGGGAAACUGAGUAUGGGACCCCAUCAUUACGUGCCGUCCAUCCCGGUCAAUAUCAACACAACCCAGCCCCAUUACAAUUCACUGCCACGUAUGGGAGGGAGCAAGUUGCAUGUAUCGCAACUCAGUGAAACGUUGCACAUUGACACGCAUUCGGAACCAAUUCCGUAUCGAGCGUUGUACAACUACAAGCCGCAGAACGACGACGAGCUGGAAUUGAAGGAGGGCGAUACAGUGUACGUUAUGGAAAAGUGCGACGAUGGAUGGUACGUCGGUUCCAGCCAGAGAACCGGCUACUUCGGCACCUUCCCCGGAAACUACGUGGAGAGAUUGUGAGGAAGGCCGACGAUCCGGGACUUGAACGUUGCGCAUCGUAUCAAGGUCCAGGAUAAUAUUCACCAAAGCAUUAAACGGAAUCGUUAAGGUAGACAGCGAAUUUCUUUGCGUUUAACCCGAUCGUUUCCGGCGAUAUAAAUACUUUCAGCAUCCUUGAUUGAGAAGAGUUUUCACAAGUCAUCGAUAAGAUCGAUAGAGAUUUUUGCGAACCUCUGGGAUUUUUAACUUUUGUUUUUAGCAUGACUACGUUGCAGCAAAUAAGUAUCAAUUAUGAUUAUUAUUUUAUCUCUGUUUUAUUUUGUAUGUUUGCAGUUUUAUUAGACGCGCAUCUUACAUCAAAAAAUUUUAAUUGCCGUCUCUUUUGUAGCUUAAUAAUUAAGUUUUAAUCAUAUGUUUAUAUUUUCGAUAUUAUUUAAUGAAUAUGUUUUAAUUCCACACAUUUUGGAGAUACAAUAUAUUUAUGAUAACAAUUAUAUGAUAAUUCGCGCGAAAAAAAUUGAUAUAAUUAUAUGAUACACAUAAUUCGCGAAAUGUCACCAAUACAACGAAUGAAACGUCUAAUUAAAUCCUCGCGAUCGUGUCGCAUGAAAAUUUCCGAAAGUUCGGUGAAUAAAAAUCAUACAUCAUGCAAUGUGAGCAAUAUUCUUAUCUCCCUGAACGAUAAAUUAUUUGAGAGGGUUAAGCGUUCACAUUGAAAAGUAAAGAAUGUCACACGUCUUCCUUUUUGGAUCUAACGAUGAAGCUAUCAAUAACGCAAUUAAGAUAAAUAUUAGAAGUGUCAAUGUGUUUGCGGCGAGGCUUAAUGGAGCUCUCAUACGAUCAGAAUUAUUAUCGUUAAAGUAUCAACAUUUAAAAUACACAUCAAUAUCGAUAUCACAUCUCGCAUCUAAUGUAACAUAUCGACAAUUUGGUAUGAUUCUCAUAAAAUCAAACGAUCUUAUUGAUAAUUAAAAUA